UUGCACUUCAAGCAAACAUCAACGUUGUAAAUGACUGCUGUCAGUCGCAUUGUUAAAGUGCUCUCCUCCUCGAUUCUCAUUCGAGCAAAGGAGGUUGGCAGACAACGCGCGGGCCAUUUUCUAAAGAAAAAAAGUGUUCUUAGUAAAAAAAAUAUGUCUGAUUCUGCAGUUGCAACGUCCGCUUCUCCAGUGGCUGCCACGCCCGCGUCAGUUGAGAAGAAGGUGGCCCCAAAAAAGGCAUCUACAUCUGCCACAAAGGCAAAGAAAGCCACUGCGACGCCGUCACAUCCGCCAACUCAGCAAAUGGUAGACGCUUCCAUUAAAAACUUAAAGGAACGUGGUGGCUCAUCACUUUUGGCCAUAAAAAAAUAUAUCACUGCCACUUAUAAAUGCGACGCCCAAAAGCUAGCUCCAUUCAUCAAGAAGUACUUAAAAUCGGCUGUGGUUAAUGGAAAACUUAUCCAAACAAAGGGAAAGGGUGCAUCUGGAUCAUUCAAACUGUCGGCUUCCGCCAAGAAAGAUAAGGAUCCGAAGGCAAAAUUAAAGGUUUUGUCUGUUGAGAAAAAAGUGCAAAGCAAGAAGGUAACCUCCAAGAAGACUGGUGCCUCCGCCAAAAAAACUGCCGCUGGGGCUGCUGACAAAAAGCCCAAGGCUAAGAAGGCUGUGGCCACCAAAAAGACUGCCGAGAAGAAGAAAACGGAGAAGGCAAAAGCCAAGGAUGACAAGAAAACUGGAAUCGUAAAGUCGAAGCCCGCCGCAACAAAGGCGAAGGCGACCGCAGCGAAGUCGAAGGCUGCAGCAGCCAAAUCCCCAAAGGCGAAGCCAGCGGCGUCUGCAAAACCCAAAAAGACGGCGAAGAAAGCAGCGAUUUCUGCUACCGCCAAGAAGCCGAAAGCAAAGACUACGGCUGCCAAGAAGUAAAUUGCGAAAAAGUACAGUAGUUGGUACAUGUUCGCAAUCAAAAUUUUAGAUUUCUAGAUCUGAAAUUUGUCUAAACAAGCCCUUUUCAGG